CACUCAGCUGCCAUUGGCUAUUGGUGACCUUCUGGCGGUGGAUGAAAAAGCUGACAAUGGAUGGUGGCGUGGAUAUGUCCUGGGAAAAUCUGAGCUCAGUGGAUGGUUUCCAUCCAGUUUUGUGGAAGAAAUAAAAGAUAAAAAUACUUCAACAAAUCAAAGCAGUUUGGCUGCGGUGGAUAUGGAGGUUGAGUCAGGCCCCUCUAGACAUGCAAGCAUAAGCUCCUUUCUUAUACGUAAAAAGCAUGAUGACAAUUUAUUACGAGAAAACAGCUUCAGCCUCGGAACAUUGUCAACACAGAACAAAGCUGCAGCUCUCCAAGGCAAAACUAACCCUAUUCUUCAGUCAUCAAGCCCUGGAACCCAUAGGUACCACAGCUGACGACUUGACUAACGCUGUUCAAGGGAAGCACUUUAAAGUGCUCUUUGCAUACAAGGCAGCUUUCCGAGGGGAGCUAAAUCUCAGAGAAGGGGAGAUCAUUAUUGGCAAGGAACGAGAUCGAAAUGGUUGGAUGCUUGGGACCAAACUUAAGGCCAAGGAGGAAGGCUGGUUUCCUGCUGUGUAUGUGGAUCAGGUUGUGGGUGAGCUGCCCAAAGAAGAGAUGCCUGAUUUGCACACAGAAAAAAUGGAACUGGAUCAGGAAGUGUAUGGUCAGCUUGCAGUAAACAGAAAUAAGUCUCCAGACCAGGCAUGGCUUGGCAUAGAGCAUAUAGCUAAUUAUGCUUACAAAGGAACCUCAGAGAUAGAACUCAAAUUUAAGAAGGGGGACAUCCUGGUCAUUUUUGAAGCACAGGAGAGCGGUUGGUGGCUUGGUUGCCAUGGUGAUAAUGUGGGAUGGUUUCCAGGUGCCUUUGUAGAGCUUCUUGAGCAAAAGUCAGACAGCGAUGGCAUUGCCUUGGAGCUUCUGUCACCUCAGCUGAGAAACAAGGAUGGUAGCAGCAAAGAUACCCAGUCCCAGCGCUCCAGCACCGCAAGUAACAGCAGUGACACCCCUAAAGACUUGGCUGAUGUCAAAUCAUCAGUAAGUGUCAGCUCAGAGUCCAUCAUUGGAGAUAAACCAAAGCCAUCACGAAAAGCACCCCAGCCGCCUGGUGCAGACAAAAGUUCAGGCAAUGGAGCCACUGUGGUGGUUUCUGGGACAGGAACAUUAUCAAGAAACCUGAGGCCUGUUCGUCCAGCACCUGCUCCUCCUGUCCACAAAGUAAGACCAGAGAGUGUGUCCAGCAUGGACAAACUUGGGGUCAGAAUGAACCAAGACACCGACGAAACCAGCAGUACUAAACUGAAGCCUUUGAAAAAGACUAGAAAACCUAUAAUUGUCAGAAUCCCAAAAGAGAAAGUUGGGCUAGACAAGAUUUCUUCUUGUGCUAUGCCCAAAAGGCCAGUUCCAUCAAUCCAUGAACAGGACGAACAACAGAAAAAUAAAGAUGAUUGUGCAAAACAAGAUAAAGAUGAUCACACAAAAAGCGACAGUGAUCUCAGUGGAGACAGCGAGAUUGAGAAAGGAGUGUUCUUUGUUGGCAGAAUGCAUGACAAAGCUUGCUUCUAAUGAUUUAGAUAUUCAUUGUUUUGCUCCCCAGGUUAAUGAUACUGAAGCAGCAAAUAAAACUGACAUUUUGGACCAUGCUUCAGCCACAAAAGAUGACCCCAGUGAAACAGUAGUGAAAGGUGAAAAAUCAUUACCACUGUCAGAUGAUACCGCAUUAAACCUUUUAAAUGAUAAAGAUCAUAGUUCACCAUUCAUUUUAAACCAAGAUCACGGGGAGAAACAAAACAAUAUUUCUCAUGCUGAGACUGUGUUACCAUACAACCCUUCAGAAUCCAGUGUGAAGAAGGAGGAGAUUCUGGAUCAGCACUGGCUGUCUAAUGCUUCAGAGAGUAAAUCCAACUCUCCUUUGACCAGGAAUCUCUGAAGGAAUCCAAGCAGGAAGAUGAUGGUUUCCUUAAAUCUGACUCUACUGCUAAUGCUAGUAAAAACAUAUCCUCUGUGGCCCCUUUGAAUGAAGAGUUGGAGAGGACCAGCAGGAAAGCUUCCUCUUCAGAGGAUAAUUAUCCAAAUGAACUGCAUUCAAAUCAUAAUGGUGAUUGUAAUCAGAAACUAUCAGCAACAGCCCUAGAUAACCAUGCUGCCUCUGAGCUUCCUUCUAGCCAAAGAUAUUCUGGUCACUGGAAAUUCCACAGGGACAAGGACCAAGGACAAAAGCAUUUACGACUAACAAAAGUGUCGCCACCAGUGGUCCCAAUGCCUGUAAUUAAAACGGACAACACAGAUGGUGAUGAAACAACGACUAUUCCUCCACCCGGUGUGAGUGGACAUGUUUCUAUGAUCGUCCACCAGAUCAACCAGCGAAUCUCCAAAGAUUUGAGAAAUCCUGAUCAUAAACUUCAAAGGCAGCAUUCCACCAGUUCUGGUGCACAAUCUUCUGACAACAAUAUGCAGUUACACACACAGGAAACCAGUUCAGCACAUGAGACUUCAGGUAGCAGUAAAUCUGACAGUUUACCUUCAUACCAUCAAACAAACCACUGCUCAGAAGCUUCAGGGGAGAUUGCUCAAGCCACUGUAGUGAAUGGAUUCCAUGUGAAUGAUUCUGUCUCCUCAAGUUCUUUGGCAGGAUCAGAUCAUACUGUGCAGUCACAGGCUAGUAAGAAUGAUGACAUUGCUUUUGAUUCCACCAACCGUCCUGACCUGCCAACCAAUUAUGACAAUCAUGAUGGUGAUAUUCACGAAACUGAGCCUGUGAUAACAAAACGACCUCCCCCACCCAAAUCACCACCCCCAUCAUUGUCCAACAAGCUCAGCAGACUGCGAACCCCUAGACUGUGGCGCACAUUGAAGAAUUAUUCAGCACAGAGAGAUGAUGAGCUCUCAUUUGAUGCUGGUGUCUUUAUUCGAGAACUAAAUGAAAGUGCUGAGCGACCAGGUUGGAUCUAUGGAAUGCUGGCUGAUGGCUUCUCAGGAUUUUUCCCAGUCAUCUGUGCUGAAAUAUCCUCAUCAGACAUUGAAACAGAACUUUGAACUUCUGAUUCUGCUGAACUGGACUAAUGGGAUCUACUAACACGAGUUGGUUGGAUCACAUGUAUCAGCAGUGAGACCUAAUAUACUUGGUUAAUAUUUUUUGUCACUAUGUUAGAGCUGCCUUUAUAAACUCUAGCAAAAGAUAAUAUCCUAAUUUUGUUAAAAACUGCACAGGAGAAAGGCAUUUCACACCAUUCCCCCACUCCAGUUAUUCAUUAAUCGCUCAAUGGACUGCAGUGCUGUGUUAGCAUGCAGUGACCGAAGGCCACAUGAUGUCUUAAUGUUAAUAGUGUUAAACAAAACUAUCCCUCUGCUCAUAAAACAGAAGGGAAGAAACCCAAAUUCAGUUGCCUCUAUAAAAUAAUUUGGGUAUUGUGUAAUAAUUUUAAUUAAGACGUAAAAGCAAUUAAUUUUUUAUACGCAAUGGUCUAUUUAAUAUGCAUGUACUUUUAUUGGCAUGUUAAAUUUUGUUUUCUUGCCUCCUUAUGCAUUUACUUAAUCUCUUAUCCACUCUUUUUCAUGCAAGGGUGUAUACUGCAUGCCAAUGCAUGCACAAGCACAAUUUUACUUACACAUUGUUAAUAAACAUUGUUUUUAUUGUGAGAAGCACAAUUGUUUUUAAGUGCCUACUGAUAAGAAAUAUUAAUAAAAUUAUAUUUUUAUUGACAGCAGCAUCAGACCACUUUGCAGAGGCUGUGCUGCAUUAUAAAUUAUACUGUGAUGUGUUGGUCUUUAAUUCCAUUAAUCAAAAUUCACUUAAAAUGCAACUUUGGAACUUCCCACAUUCAUGGUUUUUCUGCCAUAAUAUUCUGAAGUACCAAAUUAAACUGUGCAAUCAAUUUUUGAAAA